UGACAGUCUAGGUGCGCCUACCGACAAGAACCCACACACUUUCAAAUCUCGCAGUUUCUUCUACAGGACACAGGUCAGAGAUGAAGUCCCUCUCAGUAACUUUCAUUGCGGCAGCUUUACUGAUAGCUCUACACCUACGUGGCGUCACGCCCUAUUAUGGGGCAGGUCAAGAGAGUGGCUAUGGAUAUGGAGGAGGUCAUGGGUGCAAUGGAGGCGUGAAAUACAUUCAUUCUACUGUCACCCUUGUCGAAACGGUGACCAAGACUGAAACUCUGAGCGCUACAGUCACCAAAACGGCCACUGAAACCAAAACAGCAGCACCGGCAACAGUGACCUCGACGGCUACAGCUACCCAGACGGUCACACCCAAACCAGUCACAGAGACUGUGGUCAAUACAGUGACAACCACAGUCACUGAGAAGGUCAUGGUCACAGUUGUACAAGGAAGUCACGGCUACCCUACUGUCGGAUAUGGAGCAGUUAAAGCCAAGCCGAUCAAGUUCUCCUACGGAUCGUGGUAACUGCAGCAGUGCCUACGUCAGUGAAGAAAGUGGAAGGAAAGCGACGGUGGGCCAGAAGAAAGCGAGCUUUCACCUCGACAAAAUUCGUCCCCAAAAUGUUGGAGAGACUCGUCUGCCUCUAUUCUGGAAUGCGAGAGAAUCUUGAUUAGGACAUAUCACAUUUUCAUUUUCAUUUUUUUAGAAUAUAUUUCCUAUCAUUCAUUUAGGAUAUUAAUUUUGGAUAUUAUUUUCUAAUAUACUAUUUUUUUUCAAAAGGGUCUGCUUUUCGUUAUGUUCAAUGGGGUAGGUUUGAUUAAUUUUUUAAAAUAAAAGUUUUAAUAAAGUUUUCAUCAGGGGUUCUCAGAUCCUAAUUGAGUCGUCUUAUAAUUGGA